AUGUCGCACCCCGGUGCUGACGGCCAGGCUCCUGGCUCGGAUCCCCGACCCCAGGCCCCGUCGCUCGAUGUCAUCGCUACCCAAUCCUCCCUCCCCAUACCUCUGCCGAGCGAACAGUCCCAACAAGACUCACGAUCCUCUUCCUCCACCAGCUCGCCCGCCCCUAAUGACAACGAAGAAUCCGACUUCUACCUAGCAAACAACGACUCGCAGUCAUCCCUUGGCGUCCCGAACCUGCAGGACAUGCAGGUCAACGAUGAUGAAUGCCUUCCUCCUGUCAACCGCCUCCCCAAUGAGAUCUUGAUCUCCAUAUUCGCCAAGCUCAACUCGUCGGCUGACCAGCUGCACUGCAUGCUCACCUGCAAGAGAUGGGCCAGGAAUACCGUCGACUUGCUGUGGCAUCGCCCAGCUUGCUCCAACUGGACAAAGCACCAGUCGAUAUGUCAGACCCUUGGCCUGGACGCACCCUACUUUGCCUACCGCGAAUUCAUCAAGCGCCUCAACUUGGCCUCUAUCGCCGACAAGAUCAACGACGGCAGCGUCAUGCCCCUCGCCGUCUGCACGAGGGUCGAGAGAUUGACGUUGACGAACUGCAAGGGCCUGACGGACAGCGGCCUUAUUGCCCUCGUCAACAACGGCAGCCAUCUACUCGCGCUCGACAUCUCUGGAGACGAUCAGAUUACCGAGGCCGCCAUCUUCGCCAUCGCCGAGAACUGCCAGCGUCUGCAGGGACUGAACAUCUCGAGCUGUGUCAGGAUUUCCAAUGAGGGUAUGAUCAAGCUUGCAAAGAGCUGCAGGUUUAUCAAGCGCCCGAUCCAGCUCAAAUUGAACGACUGCGGUCAAAUAACGGACGAGGCCAUCCUUGCCUUCGCUCAGCACUGCCCCAACAUCCUCGAAAUCGACCUUCAUCAGUGCCGUCUUGUCGGCAACCAACCUGUCACCAACCUUCUAACCCAAGGACAAUCCCUGCGAGAGCUGCGGCUGGCCAGCUGCGAGCUCAUUGACGAUAACGCAUUCCUCUCAUUACCUGCUGGAAAGACAUACGAGCACCUCCGGAUCCUCGAUUUGACAUCUUGUGUGCGACUCACCGACCGAGCCGUCGAGAAGAUCAUCGAUGCCGCCCCUCGACUACGUAACCUCGUCCUGGCCAAGUGCCGAAACAUCACAGAUGCUGCAGUCUACUCUAUCGCCGGCCUGGGCAAGAACCUGCACUACGUACAUCUGGGCCACUGUGGCCAGAUCACAGACGAUGCGGUCAAGAAGUUGAUAGCCUCCUGCAAUAGGAUCCGGUACAUCGACCUUGGAUGCUGUAUCCAUCUAACGGACGACUCGGUCACGAGGCUAGCAACCCUACCGAAGCUAAAGCGCAUCGGCCUAGUCAAGUGCAGUAGCAUCACCGACGAGAGCGUGCUUGCCCUGGCCAGGGCCAACACCCGGCAUCGUCCUAGGAGGGAUGCCGACGGCAACGCGAUCGAGAACCAGUACUACAGCCACACUAGCCUCGAGCGGGUCCAUCUGAGUUAUUGUACCAACCUGACGCUUAAGAGCAUCGUCAAGUUGCUUAACGCGUGCACCCGCCUUACCCACUUGUCAUUGACUGGUGUCCAAGCUUUCUUGCGUGACGACCUGAACCAAUUCUGCCGUGACGCUCCUCCAGAGUUUACCCCGCACCAGCGAGAUGUUUUCUGCGUCUUCUCUGGCCAAGGCGUGGCAGGUCUCCGGCGGUACCUAAAUAACGAGCAGAAUUUUGCAGACCCGCACGACCGCAGCAGCAUCUUUGGCCACAGGAGACCCCAGGGUGGCCUGGACAUGCCCAAUGGUCUCACGGGGAAUGCCAAUGGGGGAUUCGACGACCAGGAGCCGGACACGAUUGAUGACGAGGAUGGCAUGGAUGACAAUAGCGAGAUGGUCAUCGAUGUACCACCGCCACCGCAGGGAGGUAACCACGUUGCCCACAACAUGGCCGGAGGUCUGCAUGUAGUACCACCCCCGCCGCCACCUGCCCCGCCGCAAGCCUUCCCCAGCGUCUACGGCGGUCAGCCCAACGGCGGACCGGUAGCGCAGGGCGUCCACUUCUCGAACGACCCGCAAAUGUUUUCACAGUUCAUCCCCGUCGCCCCUGCGAGCCCGGUCUCGGAAGACGACGGCAACGAGGAUGCCAUGGAUGUCACGCCUGGACCAGGAUCAGCAGGCCCAUCGCCAGCGGCGGGAGCCAGUACGGCACCAGUGCGCGGCAACACGCAGCAGCAGCACGAGGCGGGACCUAGUGCGACGGGGGCGAGCACGGCGUCGAUGCAGGGGGGUUCGAGCUAG